GUUUGUUUGGUUCAAAAUGGUGGUCUGCAUGCUCAGAUGUAUCAUUUCUUUAGUUAAAAUUAGCUUACUUCUAGGUGUACUUGUUUAUGGUAUACACUUUUGGCUAUCCAACAAAGAUUAUGUGUUUGAUGCAGGGAAGAUAGCCAAGAUAUCAGAGAAAUAUGCAGGCUAUGAGGCUGAGGCAGCAUUCAGAGAUAUCCUCAAAGAACUAGAGGAUCUGUACCCAGGGCACAUACUUCCCAGUAGAGAUCAUCAAUGGAUCUUUGUCAAUGCAGGAGGCUGGAUGGGGAGUAUGAUGGUGGUUCAUGCCUCCCUGACAGAGUAUGUUCUCUUCUUUGGUACAGCCAUCGAUACAGCAGGGCACUCAGGCAGGUACUGGGCCAAUAUCUCAGAUACAUUGAUCACUGGACAAUACUUGCAGUGGAAGGAAGGGGAAAUGAAAAGCACUGUUUAUGGACCUGGGGACACCAUUUAUCAUGGAAUGGGAGAGGUCACAUCUCUUAACUUCAAAGCCGACACAUGGAUGGUAGAGUAUGGCCGAGGAUUUAUACCAUCCACACUUCCCUUUGCCCUGGCGGACACUGUGUUUGGAACCACAGACUUUGUUACAGCUUUCUACACCGUGAGGGUGUAUGCAAAGGCAUUGUGGAUGGAAGGGUCUUUGUUUGUCGGGGAGUUCCGUGAUUAUUUAAAGGGAAAUCUGUGAUUUAAUGGGGUGAAAGCAACAUUUUUUUAAAAUUGAAAUGGGCUCAUGUUGUAUUAUUUUUUUCCCCUCAGUAAUUAGGUUUUUUACCAGAACAGGAUGUAUUAGAUGAAGAUUGACCAGAUAUAUUUAUGUAAUUAUUGUUAGGCAAGGGAUUUGUUAUUCUUGAGAUUUAAUAUUGGGAACACUGUGUUCAUAAACACUGUGUAAGAUUCUAAAGAAUCUUAUAGAUGUCACGAUACUUAAUUGUGGAAAACAUUACGAAAAUUUUAGUGCAAAACAAGGUGG